UAUACCCAAAUCCAUUACCAUCGAUACCGUCUUCUUCGCCAACCAUUUCAACGUUCUUCGAAGAUUCAGGUACCACUCAAUAUCCAAGUAUCAACUACCAAUUAUUCAAAAUCAAUGGCAUCACAUAGCAGAAGAGUACCAACACCUGAGGAUAUUGAAAAAUACAGGAACAAAUUUGACACUGUCAUUGACCCCAAAUUGGAAACAAUUUCCAUUCCUGAUGAUUUUUAUAACAAAUGGAAAACUACUUUUGACAAACACCAAUUUGGCUGGAUUCGAGGACCUAACUAUAAGAUGGUUGCAGUCUUAUAUGAAAAAACUAUAACUGGAAUGAUACUGACAAAUACAUCAAGUGUUUCAAGGUAUUUUGGUUUUGUCAAACCAACCAGAGUAAGUUUCAGCUAUGUCCCAGAAAAAAAUAAACUUUGGAUGAGAAUUUUACAAGACAAUAGAUCUUCUUCCAAAAGAGUUCCAACUGCUGCAGAUAUUGAAAAAUAUAGGCACAAAUUUCACACUGUGAUUGACCCUAACUUGGCAACAAUUUCCAUUCCUGAUGAUUUUUAUAACAAAUGGAAAACUACUUUUGACAAACACCAAUUUGGAUGGAUUCGAGGACCUAACUAUAAGAAGGUUGCAGUCUUAUAUGAAAAAACUAAAACUGGGAUGAUCCUGACAAAUACAUCAAGUGUUUCAAGGUGUUUUGGUUUUGUCAAAACAACCAGAGUAAGUUUUAGCUAUGUCCCAGAAGAAAAUAAACUUUGGAUGAGAAUUUUACCAGACAAUGGAUCUUCUUCCAAAAGAGUUCCAACUGCUGCAGAUAUUGAAAAAUACAGGAACAAAUUUGACACUGUGAUUGACCCUACCUUGGAAACCAUUUCAAUUCCUGAUGAGUUUUAUAAAAAAUGGAAAACAUCUUUUGACAAACACAAGUUUAGCUGGAUUAGAGGUCCUAACUACAGGAAUGUUCCAGUCUUCUAUAAGCAAACUAACUCUGGGAUGGUGCUCACUGAUUCAUCAUUUCUUUCAGAGUGUUUUGGUUUUGUCAGACCAACCAGAGUUACCUUGAGUUAUGUCCCUGCAGAAAAUAAACUUUGGAUGAGAAUUUUAGGUGAUAACAUUGUACCAGAGAUUAACAUUAAUGGAACUACUAUUCAGCAGCCCAAUACUGCUAAUGCAAACCCUCCAAACCUGAGUGUGCAUCAUGAAGAACUAUCAAUGGAUAUAAACACAAAUAUGCCACCUACUGAUGAGAUCAAUCAUACAUCUGAAAUUCAUCCAAACAUUAACUUGAGUAACAAAGAAGGCAUGCUAUCUUCAAAAAGGAAGCGACUUAAUGAAGGUCAUGUCAUACAUGAAACUUGUGAUCAAGCCCAUUUGAGGAGAUCAAUAAGAUUGAUGGAUGCUGAGAAAAAAAUGAAAAUUCAGAACUUGACUAACGGCCAGCCAAAGUUGUCAUCGAAAAGAAACAAAAACCAGAAAAAAAACAGGCCUCUUACCAAAGCUUUCAUCGGUAGGAUUAGAAUAAAGAAGACUGAAUUUGGAUUUGAAUGGACUAGAGUAGUGACUGAAGCAAUGGCAAGAAAAUAUGGAACUAAAGUCCUGCACAUACCAAAUGAAAUUUCAAGAAUUGUAUUGAAGCCGAAUUUUUCAAACAUUUUGAUUGAAAUUCAAAUGAAUGGUGUAACUCUGACAACUUUUCCUUCCAAAGUCAUGACUGCCAAGAGAUACCAAUUUGAAAGAUAUAUCUCUAAAGAAUGGGCUCGAUUCAUUAAGAGGAGCAAUAUUGAACCAGGUGACAAAUUGAUGUUCAAAAUACAAGAACCUCCAGCAAAGUUGAUCAUUGAACUGAUCAAGGCCAAAUAAGGAUGUCUUAUGUUGUGGAUGUUUCAAGUUGACUGAUAUUAGUGAUGUUAAUUUUUAUAUGAUCAUUAUGUAAUUGACAUGUUGAAUAUCUACUAUGUUAUCUUUGAUAUAGACCUCCUAAAUAUGUCUGUAAUGAAUAUUUAAUGUUUGUUUCGAAUGAGCUUCUAUGUUUAAAACAAUCAUGUGCUAUAGACAUAUGCAACUAAGUAAGGGUAUCAAUUUUAA